AUGUCUGUCGACACUUCACAUCCGAUUGGAUUUAUCCCACGGCAUCCGGCACCGUCAAAGUAUCUGAAAGUGCGAGCCCACUACAAGAAAGAAAAGGUCUUUAACCGGGUCUUCCUUGCGCAGGAACUGGAGGGCGCUGGUCCACAGCAGAAACCACCGCAGAAAGGCGCAGACAGACGGAUAUCUACCUCAUCCGCUUUGCCGUCGAAUGGGGAGAACACCGGCCGAGCCAUAUGGGCCUUGGUAUUCUCAAAGGAUGGCAGGUACCUAGCAGCUGCCGGUCAAGACCGGAAGGUCCGAGUGUGGGCCGUCAUAUCGACACCGGAGGAACGUGAAGAUACGGUUGGAGACAAUGAAGCAACCCCCGUAGAUGCGCAGGACAUCCCCCGAUUUGAAGCCCCUGUAUUUCAGACAAAGCCCAUCCGGGUAUAUGAGGGGCAUACGGGGAGCAUAUUGGACUUGAGCUGGAGCAAGAACAAUUUCCUGCUUUCCUCGUCAAUGGAUAAAACCGUCCGACUCUGGCACAUCUCUCGCUCGGAAUGUCUUUGCUGUUUCCAGCACAGCGAUUUCGUGACCUCCAUUCAAUUCCAUCCUCGUGACGACAGAUUCUUCCUUGCCGGAUCUCUGGACACGAAAUUGCGUCUGUGGAGUAUCCCAGACAAGAGUGUGGCUUUUGUGACUGCCGUGCCUGACAUGGUCACUGCAGUGGCAUUCACCCCAGACGGCCGAUACUCCAUUGCCGGGUGUCUCAACGGCAUGCUCACCAUCUAUGACACUGAGGGUUUGAAAGUAUCAUCCCAGAUACACGUUCGAUCUGCCAGGGGUCGCAAUGCCAAGGGCAGCAAGAUCACCGGAAUUGAUACAAUGAUGGUGCCCCAAGCUGACUCCCAAGGUGAAAUUAAACUUUUGGUUACAAGCAAUGACUCCCGGGUUCGGAUGUAUAACUUCCAUGAUCGAUCACUAGAGGCCAAAUUCCGUGGAAAUGAGAACACCUGCAGUCAGAUCAGAGCGACAUUUACGGAUGAUGGGAAGCAUAUCAUCUGUGGAAGCGAGGACCGCAGGGCUUAUGUAUGGCCCAUCGGGACACUUGAGGGGGAAUCUGAAAAGCGAGCCGUGGAGAUUUUCGAGACACAGUCUGCAAUUGUGACAGCUGCAAUUACGGCACCCACUCAAACUAAACAGGCCCUGGCAUUGUCUGAAGACCCCAUCUUUGACAUUUGCAAUCCACCUCCGGUAGCUCUUCUCGGCCCAGAGUCAGGAGAGACACCAAAAGAAGCUCCCUCAGCUAAAGGGAACGGGAGCAUGCACAAACGCUCAGCAUCAGCGCCCCGCCUUUCAAUCAUCAGCAAAAUGGCCCACGAUUCACCAUCAUACCUAUCCCGCUCCAAACACCCAGAUGGCGACAUAAUCGUGAUAGCCGACUAUUCAGGCCGGAUCAAAGUCCUCCGACAAGACUGCGCCUACUACCGCCGUCGCUUCGAAAACUGGAACGCCAACACCAGCAUUUCACGACGUAUCCUUCGCCGCACAAACUCUGGCCGCCACAGUCUAGCCUCCUCGAACGGCAAGGAAUCCCACAAAACCCCCUCCGAGCGCAUCAUAUCCUGGCGCAACUCCGUCGUCCGCGGCCGCUCAUCCACUGACGGUUCCCGCUCCGGUCUCCGAACCCGCAGUCCAUCUCCACAACACCGACACGCUACCUUGCGGCUAUCCAGACCCUCAAGCCUGGCACCACAAGAGUCCCUCCGUGCAUCAAUCACCUCUCCACCUCCAUCUCCGCGCAGAUCCCGCAUGGACAAUCGUCCAAGCAUAGAUGUAUCCGGAGAAACCAACGUCCCACCCCCCAAUGAGGUCCCCGCAACGUCAGCCGAUCUUCUGGCCAGCGGUAAGGCGAAAGAUAACCCGCUCUGGCUACAGGGUGAUCAUAGCUACGCGUAUUGGAAUAAGAUCACGCACGAUGCAUUGGCGAUGCGGUCGCGGAACUCAAAUGAUCUGCUUAGUCCGGAUAGGAUUAGGUCGCGGGAGCGUAAGCUCAGUACCGCCGGCAGUGUCUUGAGCAGUGACUAUACCUCGUCGGUCGGUGAAACGGAGGAAGAUGUGCUGAAAUGUGACAAGUGCCGUGGGACGAAUUUCCGCAGUGUCAAAGGGAGAGAUGGGAAGCAGAAGCUGAUAUGCUCACAGUGUCAUCGGCCUAUUUCUUAG